UAUAGAGGUACGGUCUUGUACACACGUGUCUAUACAGUACACACGCGUAACAACAAACUCGUAUAAGUGUUUUGACCCGACCGAUUUGAAUUGAAAGAACUUAGAUUUACCAUCGGUACUGAUCUCUGCGUGAAAUUGUUUUAUAUGAAAAAUUGUGAAUUUGAUAUGUCACUUUUACAAGCGCAAGAUUUUCUUGAAAAAUUUUGCGCUCGUUACGUUGUUUCUUUGCCAAAAAUCAACCUUUCACGCUCGCAAAAGAUAAUAAUUAUUUGCAUAACAGGUAGCACACUUUUAUUAGGAAGUUUAGCACAAUAUUUAAAACGCCGCAGAAGACAUCCAAUUCCACCCUCAAGAAGACUUCUAAGAGAUUCAAGGCAGAGAUUGAUGAAUUCUAAAGCUUCUAAUUAUGAUGCUGUGUCUCAAGCAUCUUGGGCAAGACGUAGUGAAGUUAGUACACGUAGUCACAUUAGUGAUAGAGCAUCUCUUAUAUCGUCAGUACCAGGAGGACUCGAUGGAGAUGCUAAGCUGACCCCUCAACAGUAUGGCGUUCUUGGUCUGGAAUCACUGGAGCGGGCCCUCUAUUGCUGGGAAGACGCUCUCACAGCUUUCAGCUCGGCCAUCAACAGCGAAGCCCUUGCUUUGCCCUCCAAGGCCGAUGCCAAAUUUACCCGGGACGUGCAGGAGCUCCUCGACUUGGGCUUUCAGAUGCAGAAUCAAGCCGAAGCUUUGUUCAUCGAUCAGCACUCGGUACUAUUCCGAAAUGACAGCGAUAGCGAAGAGAGUCACAGGCCAUCCACGUUAGGAACCCGACUAUCCAUGAGCAGAGAUAAACAUGAUCCUGCCUCGUCGCCCGAAUCCUACGCGUCUGCAAAAGAUGGUGUUGCAGAUCUGCGCGAAUUCGAGGAGUUUUCCGAGUUUUUCCCACACUUUGAGCAACAAAAGCUGUAUCAUGCUGCGUUGAAACAACACGAAGAUAAUGGGAUUCCUUGCAGAAUGACCAGAAGCGGCAAUGAAAAACGAUUACACACGGAGUUGGUGAAGUGCGGCUCGGACGUGGAGUACUUGGCGAAAGUACACUGCCUUAGGCAAGCUUACACUCGUCUGUUCGGGCAGCCUAGUGCAGCGACGUGGAUCGCCGACGUUGGCCGUCAGCUCAUUAGCGAUUUAAUUAUUUUCGCAGACAGGGAACCCAAAGAAUACUUGACUCAUUACGAGCGCAUGCUUGAGUUCCUUACCGAAGAAUCUAGUCUGGAUAUUAUGGACGAGGAGCUUAGCAUAAGGGGAGUUAGGUGUAUCAAUUUUUACGACGUGGUCAUUGAUUUCAUAUUGUUGGACGCUUUCGAGGAGGUCGAAAAGCCACCGUCGUCUAUCAAAGCUAUUUUACAGAAUCGAUGGAUUUCCGCGAGUUUUCGAGAAACGGCGAUUGGUACGGCUGUUUGGUCGGUACUGAUGGGCAAACGACAAAUGCUGAAAUAUCCGCGAGGCUUCAUGGCGCAUUUUUACUCCAUAUCCGAACAAGUCACUCCAGUCCUAGUUUGGGGUUUUCUGGGACCGGAAAGUAGCCUUAGGUCAACAUGUUAUUACUUUCGAGAACAAAUAGUCGAAUUUUUACAAGAUAUAUUCAACUUUUUCAAAGUUAGAUAUACGAAUGUCGACGAUCUCGCAGAGGAUGUCCUCAGAGAAAUGAAAAUUCGGGUUGAAAAUAUCAAUCAAAGACUUUCGCUAGAGGGUUGUUAAAGUGUUAAUUCAUAUAUGUAAAUAUCGAAGUUACUACUGCUGCUCGCAUUUGACAAAAACGAUUAUCCUCGAUUAACCCGAGAUAGUUAUGAUUCACUAUCAAAACAAACAUUGUAAUCAAAGUGUUCACGUAAAAGUAUUCGUAAGAAAUUCCGCCAACUGCGGAUACUGUUAUAUAUACUUUAUGUACAAAUUCUAAGUAGAUUUCUUGCCUAACGUUAGGAGAACAAAGAAUUACGCGUUUAUCCUUUCUGUCUCGCACAUUUGUAUAUUUCAUUUUGUUACUUCGUUUUAUUGUGUACAUUUGAUUUAUCAACGUGUACAGCAUAUAAUUGUAAUUAUAUAAAUGUAGCUGUUAUUUUGUUGUAAAUUUUGUUUGAAUCUUGAUUUGCUUCAUAAUACAUGAUGCUGUGCAUCUGAACAAAAAAUACGCGAAAUAUACAUUCCCGAAACAAUGAUGCCAUAAUAGCUCUUUCAAGGUAAUCUUUGUACAACCUUUACUAAAAAUAUAUGAUUUUUAAAGUAAGUAAAGAUUUUCUGAACUUUGCAUUUUUUUAACUCUACUCCUGUAUUUAUUAGAAUAGUAUCAAUGGCAUUAUGCAUAAUGAAGGGUUGACACA